GCACCAGUUACACAAAGUGCACGGGAACUUCAUUAUAAAGAUUACUUCCAAGAUGAUGAAGAUGAAGUUCAAGAUGAAGAUGAAGAGGAUGAUAAUGAAGAGGAAGAAUCGGAGGUGGACAGUGACUGGGGAAGGGAUGUUGUCCUAGAUGAAGAUGAAACUGAAAUUUAUUUCAAGAAGACAGGAAAAAAAAGUAAAGAGGAUGAUGGUAGUGAUGGUGAAAAUCUUGAAGAUAUUCUUGGAAGUGUAAAGGAAGAAAAAGAAACAUCAGGACACGAAAAAAGACAGAUAAAACUGAAGAAAAAGAUUGCCGAGUUAGAAAAUGCAAACAUGGCAGAAAAGCCAUGGCAAAUGUCUGGCGAAACUACAGCUUUAAAAAGGCCAGAAAACAGUUUAUUGUCCGAAGAUAUACAAUUUGAAGUCACCACUAACCCAGCUCCUGUUAUUACUGAGGAAACUACACAGACAUUAGAAGAAAUGAUAACACAAAGGAUCAAAGAUAGAGCAUGGGAUGAUGUGGAGAGAAAGGUGAAGCCAAAAGAGGAGGUUUAUGAAUUCAAGAAACGAGUGACACUCAAUCAAGAGAAGAGUAAGAGUAGUCUUAGUGCUAUCUAUGAAGAAGAGUAUUUAAAACAAACCCAGGAAAAAAAAGAAGAGGAGAACAAGGAGCAUGUUGAGAUCCGCAAGAUGAUGCAGUCUUUAUUUGUCAAAUUAGAUGCAUUGUCCAACUUCCAUUACAUCCCAAAACCACCAUUACCAGAGAUCAAAGUUGUACACAAUAUGCCGACCAUAACCAUUGAGGAUAUUGCGCCGGUAACAGUUAACGAUGCUGAUCUUCUGGCUCCGGAGGAACUCAAAAUGAAGGUGGGUAGUGGAGAGAUAAAAUCUAAGGAAGAAAAAUCAGACACAGACAAAAAGCGGGAAAGAAGGAAGAAGAAACUACGUCAACACAUCACAGCUCUUUCUAAACAGAAGAAAUUGAAAGAGAAGCUGAAUAGAGGAAAGAUGAAUCCAGUAACAAAGAAAGCAUCAAUGGAAAAACUACAAAAGCAGGCCAAAGGAUUCUCAAAUAGAACCAAGAUUGUACAGGAGAAAUCUAGCAACAGGAGUUCAUUGACCUCAUCAAAGACGUUCUUCACACGACUUCAAGAGGAGGUACAAACUGAGAUACAUGGAUCAAAGAAACGAUUAAAGCGCAAUAUAUCUCAGAUUUCUGCAAAGAAAUUUAAACUUUAAAGAAUCAAUUUUAUUUGUUUUUAUAUAGAUUCAGAAGAAUUAAAUCUUCAUUUGAUAUAAAAUAAAUCGAUAAUGAAAAGGAAAACAAA